UGGAAUCAAACAACCUCAGUUGCCACAUUUGUUUUUGCGCACUGUCGAGCGAGUUGUCAUCAUCAUGGAGGGUCUCUCUCGUGCUAACAGUCUAUUCGCUCUGGAUCUCUAUCGGACUCUGAGCGAGAGCAACGCAGAGGGAAACAUGUUCUUUUCUCCACUGAGCAUCAGCGCUGCGCUCAGCAUGGUCUACUUGGGAGCCCGAGGAGACACUGCCAAAGAAAUGGAAAAGGUUUUGUCCUUCAGUUCUGUCUCUGAUGUUCACUCUCAUUUUGAGAGCCUCACCUCAACAAUCAACAGUCCAUCGGCCUCCUACAUCCUCAAACUGGCCAACCGCCUCUACGGAGAGAAAACCUUCAACUUCUUACCUGAGUAUUUGGAAUCCACUCUGAAGCUGUACCACGCUGACCUUCAGGCUGUGGACUUCAUUGGAGCAUCUGACGAGUCACGACAGCUCAUUAACAAAUGGGUGGAAGAGCAGACAGAGAAUAAAAUUAAAGAUCUUCUUCAGCCGGGUGUGAUAAAUGGGCUGACCCUACUAGUUCUGGUUAAUGCCAUCUACUUUAAAGGAAACUGGAAGCACGUUUUUGAAGCAAAAAACACUAAAGAAAUGCCAUUUAAAAUAAACCAGAAUGAGAGCCGGACUGUGGAAAUGAUGUACCUGGAAGAGACAUUCCCUUUCAGAAACAUCCCAGAGGAUAAACUGCAGGUGCUGGAGAUACCAUAUGAACAGGAGGAGCUCAGCAUGUUGAUCCUUCUUCCAAACGAAACUCAGGAUGGCUCUGACCCUCUUCUGAAGCUGGAGAGCGAGUUGACCCUUGACAAGCUGCAUGACUGGACCAGAAGAGACAGAAUGGGUACAUGGAUGGAUAUCAGAGUCCAUUUGCCAAAGUUCAAGCUGGAAGUUGAGCGCUCCCUAUCAGAAAUACUGCAAAAGAUGGGUAUGAGCUCUGUGUUCCAGGAAACAAAGGCUGAUCUGACAGGCAUGAGCAGUCAGCGUGGGCUCUUCAUUUCAGCAGUGAUCCACAAAGCUUUUAUUGAAGUGAAUGAGGAAGGCACAGAGGCGGCAGCAGCCACUGCAGCCUUUGUAUUCCUAUGUGCCCGCAGUUCAGAAAGUUUCACAGCAGAUCACCCCUUCCUGUUCUUCAUCAGGCACAACCCCACUAACAGCAUCCUCUUUCUUGGCAGAUUCAGAGGCCCAUCCUAAAAUGUGGGUUUUUUCUGUUUUUAAUGAAGAAGCAAUUGUGUUUUUGUUUUAAUAUUUUAGCAGACAAAAUUAUUCACACCAUUUGUAUUUGUUUUUGUGUUCACAAAUGGCAUUAUUCCAGAGCAUUUAUUGAAAUGUCAUUUUAGAGUCAUACAUUUUGGUUUUGAAUAAUGUAGAUUUUAUUUUAGUUUCUUAUGCUCACGGUGGCAGCAUUUAUUUGAGUAAAAAUUGUUAUUUCUGUUAUGCAAAGCUGAAUUUUCAUACUCCAGUCUUCAGUGUCACAUGAACUUCCAGAAAUCAUUUCAUGUGAAUUUAUAUAGUGCUUUCACAAUAGAUAUCAUUUCAAAGCAGCUAUGCAGAAAAUUUUUCAAUUUCAAUUUAGAGUAAUCUGUUAUCAGAGGUGACUAUGUUAGAUUAAUGUCCAUAUGGCAGAAAUGUACACUUCUCGGAUGCUACAAAUCAUGCAUUUAUAAAAAAAAAAAUUUCAGUUGUGAUGCAUACUGUAUAUUGUGUAUAUUGCAUAUAUUGUCAUUUUACCCUCUGUUUAAUAAAAAUAUUGAAAAAAAAAACAAUGCAUUUAUU